AAAAUAUGUAAAGUACGACCUGAGAAGAGACCCUGAAGGCAGCAUGUGACCGGUUCGACCGUUAGGAAAAUAAAACCGUCAGGUUUCUAACGUUGAAGUCGUUUCUUCGACGGUUGGGUUUCCGUUAUUAUGAACUAUUUUGUUUUCAGAUACAGAGUGAAAGAUGGAGGGUAAAGACGAGCGGCUGGAUCCUCUUCACAGUUUCACCGUGAAGAGUCUGAGGCUGGAUGAAGAAAGAUGGCGGGAGUUUGUGUCGGAGGAGGAGAAUCAGGUGGUCUUCAACAGUUUCUUUAACGCUCAGGAUUACUGUCACCUGUUCAUCUGUAAGGAUCCGGACUCCGGACUCUCCGUUAGCCUCGACCUCCCCCAGAACAUCCAGACUAAAGUCCUCUGUGUCUCAAAAACGGCCCGUGAAGCCGUGACUAAAGAAAACUCCAGAAAGAUUUUAACCUGUCAAGAAGUUCAAGGAGAAGAUGUCCUUAGUUUCAUCAUCUGUGUCACCGAGCAGGUGACCUGCCCGUUGCUUAGCAACCCAGAGAGCAGCAGCAGGUGGGUGGCGGGUGUGGCUGACGAGGCUCUGAGGUUCAUGGAGCGACAGAAGAAUGAAACACUGGUGAUGAAGGCUCAGACCGAGGGACGCACCUUCCUGCCUCAUCCUGAAGGGCUCCAUGACGGCACUGACGGAGGGAAGCUGUCAGACGUGAAGCUGCUCCACGCCUGUGAUUGGACGAUCAUAGAGUGGGCGGAGCUCACGUCAGAGUUCCUGCAGCAGGACUCAUCUCAGCCGGUUCUGGACGGACUGAAGCCGCUUCCCUCAGAGGAGUUCCACUUCUGGAAGAACAGACUGAUGAACCUGGUCUUCAUCCAGCAGCAGCUGAUGAGCAGCAGAGCUCAGCAGGUGGCGUCCAUUGUUCAGAGGGCAGAGAGCGUCUACUGGUCUACACUGAGAGACAUCUACAGAGACAUCCAGGAAGGUGUGAAGGAGGCUGAUGACGUGACUGUGAAUCUGACUCAGCUGCAGGACAGGCUGGAGGAGGUGGAGAGGAUGGAGUACCAGCAGCUGGGAGACAACAUGGCGUCUGUUCUGGAGGAGGUGCGUCAGGUGUGGAUCAGGUCUGAGUUCUACUGUAAACCCUGCAGGAUGGUGGUCCUGCUGCAGGAGAUCUGCAACCUCCUCAUACACCUGAGCAGAAAGUUCCUGCGAGGGGAGGAAGUGAUGCGUUGUCUGGUAUCAGACCCUGGUCUGGUCCUGGAUGAUGUCAGACUGGUGAUCUGGACUCUGCAGGCCUUCAAAGACUCAUAUAGUCGGCUCAGGACUCAGCUGGAGGACCAGAACCAGGACUCAGCCUCGCACAGCUGGGACUUUCCCUCACACCUGGUCUUCUUCUACCUGGACAACUUCCUGCAACGUCUGCAGGGCAUCCAGGAGGCGCUCUAUGUCAGUCUGCAGCUGUCACAGCUGGACCAGGCGGUUCUGUCCGGUGUCUGCGGCAGGAUGUGGACCGAUGUGGUUCAGGACGUGUAUCAGGACUUUGUGCGUCAGGUGACCGUCCUGUCUGAAUGUAACUGUGACCCCACCAACCCCGACGACGAGAGCUUUGAUCUGUAUCUGGACCAGUUCCGGGUCCAGGUGUCAGACCUGGAGAGGUGUCUGGUGUCAGUCCUGAGCAGGGCACUGGAGAACUGCAGCAUCUCCUCCACAGCAGCGAAGCUGGUCAACAUGUUUGGGUUUGUCCUGGCCCGGCCUCUGAUUCAGGAUCAGCUGCGUCCUCACCUGAGCCGGGUGGUGGAGAUGGUCCUGAUGGAGCUGGAUCAGGCUGAGCUGUUGUUCUACAGUCAGAGAGAGAGACCAGAAACCAUCAGCAGGUUCACUCCGACCCCUGCAGCUGGACUCUGCUGGACUCAGCAGCUCCGUCUGAGAGCUGAAGACUCUGUGAGGAACUACAGGACUGUUCAGCACCUGUGCGAGGACUCAGGUGAGUCCCAGCUCGUCCUGCACAGGUUCCAGCAGAUCAUGGACCUCCUGCAGGACUUCAGAGAGACAGUGACGUCAGACUGGAGCGCCCAGCUGGACUCGGACUCUGUAUUCAUCCUGGAACAACCUCUGAUCCAACUCAACCAGCAAGGCAUGCUGGGAGUCAGCAGCAGCUGCAAGCUGGAGGAGGUGCUCAGGGAGCUCAGGUACGUACGCAGGGAGACAGACAUGGAGCUCCGCCACUACGCUGCUCAUCUCCUCACCUGCAGAAAUGACAUCACACAGAGCUACUUGAGCCUGAGGCACAUGGUGUCGUGCUACAACCAGGUGGUGAGAGACGUCCUGCAGGUGGAGCUUCCUCUGAUCCAGGAUCAGCUUCAGGACUUGAACCAGACUCUGUCAGAACUGCAGAGGAACACCUGGGGCUCUGAAGGUGUGCAGCAGCUGGUGGAGCAGCAGACACACAGAGUGUUGAUGUUUCACUCCUCAGUGAGCGAGGCCAGAGCCAACAUGGACACCAUGAUGCACAUCAUCCAGGGCUGGGCGGAGCUUCACCUGCUGCAGCGCACAGGUGACUCACUGCUGGAGGGCGGAGCUACAGAGCACAGCUACCGACGCAUCAGAGAGGAGGGACAGGAGCUGCUCAGGUUAACACAGGUGAACAGGAGUCUGUAUGGAGCUACUGACUCCUCUCAGUCCUGGAUCAGGUAUCUGGACCACAUCGAUGACAAAGUCCAGGAUGGACUGUUCCAGCUGCUGCUCAGGUCACUGCACUUCCUGUCUGACAACAUGAACCCACAGACCUGCAGCGCUGCGUUGUUGGCGGUCUCUCUGCAACUCCAGGAAACAGGAAGCGUGUUUGAGCCGUCAGUGGGUGGCGGCCUCUCUGACGUCCUGAUGACCAUCAUCAGUGACGUUUACACAGCCGCCAGUCUGCCGCCCAGGAUCUCUGAGGGUCGCCACGGCAACUACCAGGUGGCUCUACAGCAGAGUCCGGAGCUCUCUGCAUUGGAACAGGAAGUGAUGCAGCAUCUGCUACAGGUGAAGGAGGAGGCGGAGCAUCUGAGGGUUGGAUUGGACAGGUACUCUCACCUGUGGCAGAGUGACAGACAGGGGGUGAUGCAGGAGUUCCUGACGUACAGCAGACAGCUGGGACCUGAGGAGCUGGAGGCCGAUGAAACCCCGCCCACCCUGAAGGACUUCCAGAGAGAGAUCGAGUCGCUCCACAGACUGAGUGGAGAGGUGACUCACCUGGAUGAAGUCAUCGUGCUGUGCGGCUGGCUGCAGGUUGACCUGCAACCCUUCAGAGAUUCACUGCUGUCAAUCAUCCACGACUGGAAGAACAUGUACACAGACUAUCUCCUGGACUCAGUCAGUGACAGUCUGCAGCAAGUGACUCAGCGUGGUGGUGAUGAUGAAGAGUCUUUGUCGUCCUCCAGAUUCCCUCUGACAGAAACCAUCUUGCUGCUGGAAGCUGCAGGUGUGGAGUUGCCUGAACACCUGUCAGCACAGCUACAGUGCUGAUGAAGAGGAGCAAACUGAAGCUGAAGACGUCACCUGGAGAAAAACAUCCACUCACCUGUGUUCACAUUCUGAAGUCAGUCAGUGAGCUCUGCUCCUGAACUCUUCACCAUUUACUCUGAAUGUUCAAUAAAACCUAAUGAAACAGAA